GCCGCCUCCGCCGGACCUGAGCGGCUCGGCGGACCCCGGGCCGCGGCCGGGCGCGCCCUGAGCCUCCGCGGCCCCGCGCCGAGAGCCCGGCCAUGCGGCCGCCGCCGCCGCCGCUGUGGCUGCUGCUGCGGCUGCUGCUGCUGCAUCUGGGCGCCGCGGCUCCCACCCCAGACUCUCCCUCCCAGCUGCCUGCCCCUCAAAACCCGAAGAUCCACCUGUACAACGCGGAGCAGGUUCUGAGCUGGGAGCCGGUGUCCCUGAGCGGCGACGAGGGGCCGGUGGUGUACCGGGUGCAGUUCAGAUACGCCACCAGCAGUGACUGGUUCGACCUCACACCGCGGCAAUCCCGCAAGGUGAUCUGCUCCAGGAUCGCCGCGACCGAGUGCAACUUCGCCCCAGCCGACUUUCAGACGUCUCACAACAUCUCCCUGCGCGUCCGCGCCGAGCUGCCAGAGCGCGCUUCGGCCUGGGCGGCGGCGCCGUGGUUCCAGCGCUACCUGAACGUGACCGUCGGACCUCCAGAAAACAUCCGGGUGACCCCGGGGCCGGGCUCCCUGACCCUCAGCUUCUCCCCGCCCUUCGACGUGGAGUCCACCACCACCCACUUCUCGUACUGUGUCCGUUACUGGACACUGGAGAACCCGGGACACCCACAGGACAAUGGCUGCCUCAGGAACCCAUUAAUUGAGCUGAAAGAUCUGAAGCCUCUACGUGUGUACUGUUUACAAGUGAGGGCCACGCUGGUUUGGAAUUCGGGCAAGAUGUCCACAGAAGGGCUUUUUAGCAACGUGUCUUGUCACGAAACAGCAGCGGAUGCCUCCACCAAGCUCCAGGAAGUCGUCCUGAUCGCCAUGGGGACCUUCCUGUCCCUGACAGCGCUGGCGGGCGCCUGCGUCUUCCUGACCCUGAGGUACAGAGGCCUGAUCAAGCACUGGCUGCACUCUCCGCCGGGCGUCCCGGUCCAAAUAGGAGAGUAUCUGCGGGACCCGGAGGACCCCGUCCUGGAGGCCAUGGACCGCGAUGGCGCGCCCAAGGAGGACGCCUGGGACUCCGUGUCCGUCCUGUCGGCUCCCGAGGAGCAGAAGAUGCUCCCGAGCACGCGGCACCAAGGCCCCGGCGGUCCCCAGCCCGCGGGCGCAGACUUGGAGCUGUGACGCUGCUGCCGCCGUCCCGGCAGGACACUCGGAGCCCGGGACCCCGCGGCCCCGAGGCACGACGGCCCCCGGGACCGGCGCGUCCCAUGGGGGCAGCACGUUUGUUCUUUCUUGAAGAAUUUUCUAGUCCUGUGAUUUCCUCAGAUGAUUCUAGAAAAUGAAAAUUUCUUCUGAACACUAAGAAGACACGUAACUAUUUCCUAGCCAGACGGCUCUGGUACCCUGACGCUCUUUCUGAGUGUCAUCGGUCUUCCCCCUGGGCAGGUCACGAACCCGUCCCGGCCGUCCCGGCAAGGGACACUGGCGGUCCGUCACAGGUGACUUAAAAUGUGAUCAAUCCUGUGAACACUUUCCUAGUAAUUUAAGGUCCUCUCUUUUUUUUUUUUCCGAACCGAAUAAAGAACUGUGGAACU